GCACGCACCCAUGGCCAGUAGCAGACGCUGUCUCCACCCCUGUGCGACUGGGACGGAAGGCAGCAGACGCUACAGGGUCAGGGGCUGCCGCCCCUCGCAGACCCAGCGAAGGUGACCGUCAGUGGCCAACGGCCACAGCAGUCACAGCACAACAAACUCUCUUCUCGUACCCGUGGCCAUGGUGCGGGACGUUGCAGGCCGGGGACUGACGGGGCCCAGCCGCCCCGCGCCCCGACGGGGCCCAGCGCAGCUCCCUGGCAAACCUGCGCAGCAGGAGGCGCCAGCAGGAGCUGCAGGCACUGCGGGCCAAACUGGAUGGCGAGCGGCUCCACAACCAGGAGCUGCAGCGCCACUUCGCCGCUAAGAUUUCCAAGAUGAAGGAGGCGGCGGAGAGGGAGCGGCAGCUGAUGGUCCAGCAGCUGCAGUGUGAGUGGGAGAAGCAGCAGGCCCUCGACAAACAGCGGCUGCGGGAGCAGCAGCGGCAGCAGCGCGCAGCGGAGACCCGGCUGCUGCUGCGUUGGGAGGAGGCCGAGCUGCAGGCGGCGCAGGAGCUGCUGCAGCAGGAGCGCGACGCUGCCCUGCACCAAGCACGGGAGCUGCAGCGGCAGCUGGCCGACGAGCUGCGAAGGCCCUGCAGGAGCAACAGGGCGGCCCACGCCAAGCUCCAGGAUGUCCUCGAGGAGCUGCGCUGGGAGACGCACGGGGACCAGCCCGCCCGCAUCCGCUACCUCCAGCGUGAGCUGGAGCUGGAGAAGAAGUUGUUCAUCAACUACAUCGUGGCGGGCUUCGAGGGAGAGCAAGAGGACAGCCAGGGGACGAAGGGCCGAGAAGACAGAGAAGGGCCCUGGGGCAAGGCGGAGCCAAAGAAACCAACACAGGCUCCGUCCUCCCAGAACACACCUCAGCAGGGAGCCAAGGAAAGCUGCAGCACAGAGCAGGGCAGCAGCCGCCACCCUGUGAAGGACGCUCACGUCCAGGUGCCAGAGCCUUCCGACGAAGACCUGGUGCUGCCUGGCAGCACGUGCCCAUGGAUGAUGGAGCAGCACACCCGCCUCCAGCGAGCCCUGAGCGACCUGAAGAGGCUACGCCAGGUCCUGGAGGCAAAGAAAUGCCUCCUGGGAGAGGGAAGCACCAAGGAACCAUGCCAGGAGGUACAGAAGCUCCAGGAAGCCAAAGAAAAACUGGUGGUGCUUACCGAGCGGCUGGAGGAGAAAUGCAGAUCCCUGCAGGAGACCAUCCGCCAGGCCAGCAAGACUCCAGGCCUCUGCCCAGCCAGAGCUCCGCCGAGGCGCCGCCGCCUUGCGAGAGUGCCCCCAGCCCAAGCGAGGAGGUGCUGGUUGCCCAGCUCACGCAGCUGAGCAAGGAGAA